AUGACCUUAUUGUCGCCUCAAGGGAAUGCAGAUAAUCCUAAAUGUAAUAAAUUAAAUGAGACUACUUCAGCGAUUUCAACACAUGAUUAUAUUAUAAACACUUCAUCUAUCCGUCUACCGUUUAUUGCUGCUGGACUUGUGAAUGCUGCUGUCGCUGAAUUAUUAAACCAGUUAUCAUGUCGUUUCUUUGAAAUGGCUGUCAUCACACCGAAAAUAAACGACAGUGAAAAAGAAUCUGCAGCGGACGCAGUUCAAAUUCAGCAAAUGUCAGAAAGUCCUAACAAUGAGAAUAAUAAUAAUAAUGAUAACAAUAAUAAUCGUUCAACCCCUCCGGAAUUACCAGUCACUAACGAGAAUAAAUUAGAAUCACAAAAUAAAACAGAUCAAACUCCUACAUUGCAACCAGUAGAAGUUAAUGAGAGCCUAUUCUCCCAGUCCCUUUCUUCAUCCCCUAUCCCUCAUCCUCCUCCUCCUCCUCCGGUAUCUUCACCAGCUAUAUCAUCAUCAAUCCCUUUAUUCACUAAUUCUAAUUAUCAUGUAGAACCAAUGAAGAUUAAAGAAGAAUCAGAGAUGGAUUUCCCGCUGGAUUUAAAUAUUGAACAGUCUGAUCCAAUCAAUAAUACAAAUGGUAAUAAUAAUAAUGAUAAUAAUAAUAAUAAUGAGGAUUACUCAAUAUUACAACAGCAUGUUAAUAACUUUUUAAAUGAUGCAAUGACUGUGCAAUACAAUCAACAACAACAAGUACAAUGCCAGCUACAGAAUACCUCUCAAUCAUCAAAUUUAACACAUAUUACUACAGUGGAUUAUUUAAAACGUCAUCCAUGUACAUAUCGUGGUUGUGGUAAGGUGUUUUAUAGUCGAACAAGUUUAAUUUAUCAUAAACAAAGUCAUGCUAUUGAUAAACCAUUCAUGUGUACAUAUCCUAAUUGUGGUAUGACAUUUUUUAAUGAAAAUCUAUUGAAAACCCAUUGUCAAUUACAUGAACCAAAACAAUUACGUGAAAGAUUUUCAUGUACAAUGCCAGGAUGUAAUAAAGUAUUUGUUACACGUGAAUGCCUUAUUGAGCAUAUACGUGUGCAUACAGGUGAAAGACCACUUAUCUGUGAUUAUCCUGGUUGUAUGCAUCGUUUUGCACGACGGUGUAGUCUAUUCGCGCAUAAACGUGUUCAUUUGGAUAAAAAUCAACGCCGACAAUAUCAUUGUAUUCAUGCUGGUUGUAAUAAAACAUUUCUGUAUUCACGUAGUCUCACAGAACACAUGAAUGUUCAUCUUGGUGAAAGACCAUAUGUUUGUGAAUAUCCAGGAUGUAAAAAAAGUUUUACUAGUAAAAGAUACUUAUAUGCACAUAGACGAAUUCACUUAACUAGUGUCGAGAAAUCGAUAAGUAAUUCAUCCACGAUCAAUACUAAUAAUAGUCAAUCUUAUGAAUCGAAUAAUAGUGAUGUUCCACCAAUACCAGUCACUAUGACUAUACCAGUUCUUCAACCAAUCAUUAAUUAUCAUCAUCCAUUUACACAAUCGAUUAUUUCAAAUAAACAACAACAAUCAACCCUACAACUCCAACAGCAACAACAACAAUCACACCAACAAAUGAUUCAACAACACCAACAACAAUUACAAUUACAAGGUCAGUUGCAACAUCAUCUUUUAUCGAAUAGUAAUCAUAAUCAUAAUAAUAAUAUUGCCAUGACAACGAAUAAUAUACCAGCACAUUUAUUCUAUCCUAAUCAGCAUAACUAA